AUGGCAAAUUCCGAAAGAUCAUCAUUACCAUCGCUUAUCGAUCCAAGAAAUGGUUUCUGUAUUGCAAACUCAACGUUUUAUAGUAAACGUAAACCAUUGCCACUUCCGACGAACUCCUCCCUCGACGUCACAACUUUCAUCUCCUCCCAAACCCACCGCGGCACCACCGCCUUCAUCGACGCCGCCACGGGCCACCGCAUAAGCUUCUCCGAUCUCUGGAGAGCCGUUGACCGCGUCGCCGACUGUCUCAAUCUAGACGUUGGAAUACGGAGAGGUGACGUCGUUCUCAUCCUCUCUCCAAACUCCAUCUUCAUCCCCGUCGUCUGCUUCGCCAUCAUGUCUCUUGGAGCCAUCGUCACCACCGCGAAUCCUCUCAAUACCGCCGGUGAGAUCUCCAGACAAAUCGGAGACAGCAAUCCAAAGCUCGCCUUCACAACUCCUGAGUUAGCUCCGAAACUCGCCGCCUCCGCCGGUAUCUCUGUUGUCCUCGACCGCUCUGAGCCCAUUCGCGGGGUCAAAGUCGUUGGGAUACUGAGCGAGAUGGUGAAUAAAGAACCGAGUGGUCAACGAGUCAGAGACCGAGUCGACAAAGACGACACGGCGAUGCUUCUCUACUCAUCGGGAACCACAGGACGAAGCAAAGGAGUGAUAUCAUCUCAUGGAAACUUAAUCGCGCACGUGGCGAGAUACAUCGCUGAGCCAUUCGAGCCAGAUCAGACUUUCCUCUGCACCGUUCCGAUGUUCCACACCUUCGGAUUACUGAACUACGCAAUGGCCACCGUAGCUUUGGGUUCCACGGUGGUGAUCCUCCCGAGAUUCGAGCUCCACGAGAUGUUGGAAGCGGUCGACAAGUACAGAGCCACGAGCCUAGUUUUGGUGCCGCCGGUCUUGGUGGCUAUGAUAAACAGAGCAGAUCUGAUCAAGGCUAAGCACGGUCUGAGCUCCCUGAAAACGGUUAGAACCGGUGGGGCUCCGUUGAACAAGGAGGUCACGAAGAGUUUUAUAUUGAAAUAUCCAACGGUCGAUAUUUUGCAAGGCUACGCUUUGACGGAAUCAAACGGCGCAGGAGCUUCGAUUGAUACGGUGGAGGAGAGCCAGAGAUACAGUGCGGUGGGGUUGUUGUCUUGCGGUGCGGAAGCGAGGAUCGUGGAUUCGGAUACGGGUCGGGUCAUGGGUGUUAACCAAACGGGCGAGCUUUGGCUUAGAGGGCCUUCUAUUGCCAAAGGUUACUUUAGAAACGAAGAAGCUACAAAUGAAACCAUAAAUUUGGAAGGAUGGCUCAAAACUGGAGAUCUAUGUUAUAUCGAUGAUGAUGGGUUUCUUUUUGUUGUGGAUCGAUUGAAAGAACUAAUCAAAUACAAAGGCUAUCAGGUUGCUCCAGCUGAACUAGAAGCUCUUCUUAUUACUCAUCCAGACAUUCUUGAUGCAGCCGUUAUUCCGUUUCCGGAUAAAGAAGCAGGACAAUGUCCGAUGGCUUACGUGGCACGAAAGCAUGAGAGCAAUCUCUCUGAGAAACAAGUGAUCGAUUUCAUCUCUAAACAGGUGGCACCGUAUAAGAAAAUAAGAAAGCCUCAUCGAGGUGAGACCGCAUUCGUCGACGCCGUCACCGGUCGUCGUCUCGGCUUCCGCGAGUUCUGGCUCGGUGUCGACAGAGUCGCUGCUUGUAUUCAUGCCUUAGGUGUGCGCAAGGGCAAUAUCGUCAUUAUACUCUCUCCUAACUCCAUGUUCUUCCCUAUCGUCUCCCUCUCCGUUAUGUCACUCGGCUCAAUCAUCACCACGGCAAAUCCGAUCAGCACUUCCGACGAAAUCGCCAAUCAGAUCAACGAUUCGCGUCCCGUUCUCGCAUUCACCACUCGCCAACUCGUCUCCAAACUCGCCGCCGCAUCGAAUUUGAAUCUCCCGGUGGUUCUCAUGGACGAGGGUCGAGGAGGAGAAUCUCGAGCCGUGAAGAUCGUCGGGAGCUUGGAAGCGAUGAUGGAGACGGAACCGAGUGAGUCACGAGUGAAAGACCGAGUCGACCAGGAAGACACGGCGGCUCUGUUAUACUCAUCAGGCACGACGGGGACGAGCAAAGGAGUAAUGAUAACUCACCGCAACCUAAUCGCGUUGGUACAAGCAUACCGAGCCCGGUUCGGUUUAGAGCAGCGAACCAUCUGCACAAUCCCAAUGUGUCACGUAUUCGGCUUCGGGAGUUUCACGACGGGGCUAAUCGCGUUAGGUUGGACAAUCGUCGUUCUUCCCAAAUUCGAUAUGGCUCAGCUUCUCACGGCGGUGGAGAUUUACCGAUCGUCGUACCUUUCACUUGUACCGCCAAUUUUGGUAGCUAUGUUAAAUGGAGCAAAUGAGAUCAAUUCCAAGUACGAUCUUAGCUCGUUGCACACCGUCGUAGCUGGAGGAGCUCCUCUGAGCAGAGAAGUAACGGAGAAGUUCGUCGAGAGUUUUCCGAACGUUAAGAUUCUACAAGGUUAUGGUUUGACUGAAUCAACGGCUAUAGCUGCUUCUAUGUUUAGUAAAGAAGAUACUGAGAGGUACGGUGCCUCUGGAUUGUUAGCUCCAAGUGUGGAAGCUAAGAUUGUGGAUCCGGAUUCGGGUCGGGUCUUGGGUGUGGAUCAAACCGGUGAACUAUGGAUCCGAAGUCCCACUGUGAUGAAAGGUUAUUUCAAGAACGACGAAGCUACUGCAUCUACUAUUGAUUCAGAAGGAUGGUUGAAAACUGGGGAUUUGUGUUACAUUGAUAGUGAUGGGUUUGUCUUUGUUGUUGAUAGAUUAAAGGAGCUGAUCAAAUGCAAUGGUUAUCAGGUUGCUCCAGCUGAAUUAGAGGCAUUGUUGCUUGCUCAUCCAGAGAUUGCUGAUGCAGCAGUAAUACCCAUCCCUGACAUGAAAGCUGGGCAAUAUCCAAUGGCGUAUAUUGUAAGGAAAGCUGGAAUUAACUUAUCCGAAAGCAAAAUCAUGGGCUUUGUCGCAAAACAGGUCGCACCGUACAAGAGGCUUCGCAAAGUCUCCUUUCUGGCCUCGAUCCCCAAAAAUCCCUCCGGCAAGAUUUUAAGAAGAGAACUUAAAAAGCUAGCAACCUCAAAGCUCUAG